GAAAUGGGCUUCCAUAGUUUACUUUCGCUUUCCCAACUCGCUGUUGCGCACUUUGUUUUCUGCGAUCAAAUCUCCGUCUGAAGAUGAAGGCAGGAGGUGCGUGAGCAUCAUGGAUCGGCGUGACGACGGGGAGGAGCGAGCCGCUCCCUCCGACUCCGCUCCGUGUGGAGAGCCUGAGGAGCAGAGCAAAGGUCAAAGGAAACGACCAGAACCAGAACCUGGACCUGGACCUGGACCAGAACCAGAACCAGAACCUGAACCUGAACCUGAGGAUGAAAGUGGUCCCUAAUUUGCCUCCUUAAAGAGCAACAGGUCAAAUUCCUAUUUGAUCGACUUUAAGGGAGGCGGGCCUCCUGCUAAGAGGGAGAAAACAGAAGCUGGACCCAUCGGCGUCUCCUGUCGCAGCGACAAGUCAAAUCCUCGACUGAUUAAUUUCCAAGCAGAUGGCAGUUCUGCAAAGAGAGCGGACCCAGAGGUUCCCAGUGUUUCGUCUGCCCAGCCGCACCAAACCCAGCUGGACUCCAUAUUCAUGGAGCUUGAAGAAAACGUGAUUGGUUUCGUUAAGGAUGAACUGAAUAAGUUUAAAAAGUCCCUGAGUCCAGAUAACCCUGAAGGCUUAGCGAGUCAGUGGAAGGGUGACGAUGAGGAGCAGAGGAGGAGCAGCAGAGAGCAAUUUCUAAACAUCGCUGUCAACUUUCUGAGGAACAUGAAGCAGGAGAAUCUGGCUGAUCGCCUGCACAACAGUUCUCCUGUCAAUUGCCAGAGUAAUCUAAAGACAAAUGUUAAGAAAAAAUUUCAGCACAUAUUUGAGGGAAUCGCUAAAGCAGGGAGUCCAAGCCUUCUGAACCAGAUCUACACAGAGCUCUACAUCACAGAGGGGGGGACUGGAGUGGUCGGCAGUAAACAUGAGGUCAGACAGAUUGAAACAGCAUCCAGGAAACCAAACAGACCAGAAACAACAAUCAGACAAGAAGACAUUCUAAAGCCGCCAUCAGGAAGAGAUCAACCAAUCAGAGCAGUGAUGACCAACGGAGUGGCUGGCAUUGGGAAAACAGUCUUAACCCAGAAGUUCACUCUGGACUGGGCUGAAGGCAAAGCCCACCAGAACAUCCAGUUCAUAUUUCCAUUCACCUUCAGAGAGCUGAAUGUGCUGAAAGAGAAAAAGUUCAGCUUGGUGGAACUUGUUCAUCGCUUCUUCACUGAAACCAAAGAAGCCCAAAUCCAGCAUUUUGAUCAGUUCCAGGUUCUGUUCAUCUUUGAUGGUCUGGAUGAGAGUCGACUUCCUCUGGACUUCAAAACCAACCAGGUCCUGACUGAUGUUACAGAGUCCACCUCAGUGGAUGUUCUACUGACGAACCUCAUCAGGGGGAAACUGCUUCCCUCUGCUCUCCUCUGGAUAACCACACGACCUGCAGCGGCCAAUCAGAUCCCUCCUCAGUGUGUUGACAUGGUAACAGAGAUCAGAGGAUUCAAUGACCCACAGAAGGAGGAGUACUUCAGGAAGAGAUUCAGAGAUGAGGAGAAGGCCAGCAGGAUCAUCUCCCACAUCAAGACAUCUAAAAGUCUCCACAUCAUGUGUCGCAUCCCAGUGUUCUGCUGGAUCUCUGCUACGGUUCUGGAGGAUCUGUUAAAGACACAGAACCAAGGAGAGCUGCCCAGCACCCUGACUGAGAUGUACAUCCACUUCCUGGUGGUUCAGACCAAAGUGAAGAAGGUAAAGUACGAUGAAGGAGCUGAGACAGAUUCACCUUGGAGUCCAGAGAACAGGAAGAUGAUCGAGUCUCUGGGAAAACUGGCUUUCAAUCAGCUGCAGAAAGGAAACCUGAUCUUCUAUGAAUCAGACCUGACAGAGUGUGGCAUCGAUAUCAGAGCAGCCUCAGUUUACUCAGGAGUGUUCACACAGAUCUUUAGAGAGGAGAGAGGACUGUACCAGGAGAAGGUGUUCUGCUUCGUCCAUCUGAGUGUUCAGGAGUUCCUGGCUGCUCUUCACGUCCAUCUGACCUUCAUCAAGGAAGCAGAAGAACAAACCCUCCCAAAGUCUAAAACAAGAAAAGACAAAGAACAGCAUUUCUACCAGAGUACAAUAGACAUGGCCUUAGAGAGUCCAAAUGGACACCUGGAUUUGUUCCUCCGGUUCUUUCUGGGUCUUUCAAUGAAGACCAAUCGGGCUCUAUUGAAUGGUCUGAUCAAACAAACAGAACCAAGCUCAGAGAGCAACGACCAAACAAUCCAGUACAUAAAGGGGAAGACGAGCCAAGAGUUGACUGCUGACAGAAUCAUCAAUCUGUUCGACUGUCUGAAUGAAAUGAAUGAUUGUGCCCUUGUUGAAGAGGUCAAACAGUCCAUGAUGUCAGGAAGCCUUUCCUCAGAAAAUCUGUCUCCAGCCCAGUGGUCAGCGCUCGUCUUCAUCUUACUGUCAUCAGAAAGAGACCUGGAUCUGUUUGACCUGAAGGAAUUCUUCAAUUCCAAUCAGGCGUGUCUGAAGUUGCUCCCCGUUCUCAAAGAGUCGAACAAAGCUCUAUUAAGUGUCUGUAAUCUCCUGCCCGAAACGUGUGAGGACCUUUCCAGAGUUCUGUGUUCUCAUUCUUCUCACCUGAGAGAACUAGACCUGAGUAACAACGACCUGCAGGAUUCAGGAGUGAAGCUCCUGUCCGAAGGACUCGGGAGUCCAGAAUGUCUGCUGGAGUCUCUAAGCCUGUCAGGUUGUCUGAUCUCAGAGGAAGGCUGCGUUUCUCUGAGCUUAGCUCUGCGCUCCAACCCUUCCCACCUAAAUCAACUGGACUUGAGCUACAACCAUCCAGGAGACGGAGUGAAGAAGCUGACUGCACUGGAUUCUUCCUGGAAACCAAAAACACUCAGGGUGGAGCCAUCUGGAGCCCGAUGGUUGACACCAGGUCUGAGGAAAUAUUCCUGUCGGAUCACCAUCGACCCAAACACGGUGAAUGGAAAACUGCGACUGUCCGAUGACGACAGGAAGGUGACGGGUGUGGACGAGGUCCGCUCGUAUCCUGAUCACCCGCACAGGUUCGACUGGUGGCCCCAGGUUCUGUGCAAUGAAAGCCUUCCUGACCGCUGCUACUGGGAGGUCAUAUGGAGCGGGAAGGUGGAGAUCUCUGUGAGCUACGGAGGAGUCCGACGCAAAGGAAACAGCAACGACUGCGAGUUCGGAUUCAACAACAUGUCCUGGAGUCUGAGCUGCUCCGACGACGGCUGUUAUUCCGUCUGCCACGAUAACAAGAGGGAGUUCAUCUCCACCUGCUCCUCCUCCGCUCCCUACCAUAAGAUAGGCGUGUACGUCGACCAAUCGGCCGGCAGCCUGUCCUUCUACAGAGCCUCCUCUGCUAAACCGAUCCAUCUCUACACCCUGAACACCAAAUUCACCCAAGAUCUUUAUCCUGGAUUUGGGUUCUGGCCGGGUUCCUCUGUUUAUCUGUGUCCAAUAGAGUAGAGUUUGGUGCUUUUAGGUAGAAAGGAAAACUUCUAGGCCUGCAGUAAGAAAACCGUUAAAUACUUUAUUAAAUAUGAAGCAAAUCUUCCUGCAGGAAACGCUUUUUAUUUUAGUUUAAAUUCAAGUUGGAAAAGAGAAAAAAUGAAAACGGAUAAUCUUUAUUGUCCAAAGUCAGCAUCUCAUCCCAAGAGUUUCAAAGAUUUUGUGGUUUUUCUGCUUUUGUUUUUAUUCGUAUUUAGAUUUUUCUCCACAAUAACAAUUAUAUUCAUGUUAACUUCAGGAUUUCAUUGUUUUCAGGGCUCUGAAUAUUUACUUGUCUCUUAUUGCGAGCUUGCAUGCGUGGAUCUGAGCGUCAGCUGAAGCUCUUUCCGUUCUCUAUGGUGGAAACUAAAAUGUUGGCCUUUUUGUCAUCAGACCAACUGAGUGCCUUUAUUUGGAAACUGUAUUUUUCUAAAAACUGUGAUUAUAUUACAGUACAGUUGAUUGUAACACUGUCCAGGCAGCAUUAUCAAAGCACUGAAAAAGACACUGCAGGAUGUCUGCCCCCCCUUUCCGCGCACUAACGUGGAUUAUUCCGUUUCACCUCACUGGAGAUCUGGAAACGCAUUUUUCCGCUGAGCGUCGGUCCGUUUAGGGAGCAGAACGAGAACCAGAGAAGAUGAAGGACAACCUGAGGAAGAUGAGUCACCAAGCGACAGAUUACUUAUUUUUACGUAAUGUAAGAUUAUAUAUUAUAAAAUCUAUUCACCUAUUUAUAAGAAAUAUUUUAUUAGAUUGCACACAUCUACCUUUGUAUUAUUAGCUAAGGACUUAAUUAUGUUGUAUCAUGAUAAUAAA